AUGAGCUUUGGAAAGAUCCUGAUGCCGGAGAACCCAGACGAGCGAGCAGCGCUAUUCUUGUUGGAGGAGGGCUUGGCCGCGACGACAGGAAGGCCGACGCGGUUGAAUGCAAAUCCGCUUCUCCGCACAGCGGCCAGCAGGUGCCAAGCUCGCUUGCUACAGCCGUUGGUCGAGGCACGGGCAGAGCUGGAUGCUCCCGAUCCUCGCUUUGGCAGCACCGCCCUUGAUCGCGCCGUUUCUGCAGGCUGCUUUGCGGGCACUGCGAAGCUCCUGGAGAUGGGGGCCGAUCCCGACGCGGGUCAUGGCCGCAACUAUUUGUUGGAGCAUGCCAGCCCUGAAGUGGAGGUGUUGCUUCGUGGAAACAAG